AUGGUACUGCAUCGUGCCAUUCAGGCGGCUCGAGAUGGGGACAUAGCCGGCCUGAGAGAUCUAGCAUCUGCUGGUCACAUCUUUCCAGCCAUCUGUGAUGCUCAGGGCGCAGGUCUGGUCCAUCACGCCGCCAGGUGUGGACGUCUGGACUGCCUGCAGUUCCUGGUUAGGGAUUUGGGUAUGGCAGCUGAUCCCCGAGCCCUGAACAGAGCCACGCCAGCUCACGAUGCUGCAGCCACUGGUAACAUUCGGGAGCUGCAAUGGCUUGUGGAUCCAGGAAGCUGCAACAUAGAGGACAGGGACGCCGCUGGCGCCACAGCCAUUCACUUGGCUGCUCGGUUUGGUCGAGUUGAGGUAAUUCAGUGGCUGCUUUCUGUUGGAGGAAUAGCCAGCGUGGAGACGAACUGCAGAGCUGUUCCUGCUCACUAUGCUGCCGCCAAUGGGGAUCUCACCAGUUUAAAACUACUCAUUCAGAGAGCACCCUGGUGUGUGAACCAUCAGACAGUUAUUGGUGCUACCCCCCUGUACUUGGCUUGCCAAGAGGGGCACCUGCAUGUUGUCGAGUACCUCGUGAAGGACAGUGGUGCUGACAUCCACCUGAGGGCCUACGACGGCAUGACCUGCCUGCAUGCUGCUGUUCACAUGGGCCACCAAGCUGUGGUAGUGUGGCUGGUUACGCACACGGAUGUGGACUUGUCCUGCCAGGACAGAGAUGGAGCAACUGCUGUGCAUUUUGCUGCCAGCAGGGGGCACUUUUGCAUCUUGGAGAAACUGCUUCACAUGGGUUCCAGGGUCAUCAAGGACUACUGGGGAGGGACCCCACUUCAUUACGCUGCAGAGAAUGGAGAGCCGGAGUGCUGUAAAAUCCUGUUGGCCAAUCAAGCAGACCCUGCAGAUCAAGAUGUUGAUGGGUUCACGGCAGCAGAUCUGGCAGAGUACAACGGAUACUCUGAAUGCGCUAGAUAUCUCCGCUCCAUAGAGAAAAGCACAUCCUGUGCAGAGAAGCCCAUCGAGGUUAUCACUCCCUUGGCAGAGGAGGUGCAGGUGAAGCCGACCGUUUUGUUACAGCAAAACAACGAGGACUAUUACGAGAAACUAAGUGACAUGUCUGGUGACAGUCAGACCUCUAACGUAUAUAUGGACAGUUUAAAGCAACCUGACUUUGAAGAGCCCCCCCAGGCUAGAUACCCUCCUCCUCCUUCUUUACCAUCUGCUUCUUCCAUCCCUGCCGUGCCUGGGAGGACCACAGCGUCUAGAAUGGAGCAGGUUCAAAGAACAGCAUCUGUUAUUAAAGGUUUCAAUCUAUCUAAAAAUGCUGGGAGCAAAACAACUAUUUCUCCUGAUACCACAUUUCCUGGUACGAACCUCCUGGUUGAAAGGAAACUGCUUGGUGACAUGAAGUCCAUUAAGACUUUGAAAGAUUCAGGAAUGUCUGGAGUCUUCACUGGACAAGGAAACAGGAUGGUGGUCUUGCCCACCGAGGAGGCAAAUCUGUCAGACAUUGACUAUCUGGUUCCCACCCACGAUGAGAAAGGUCGCCCUAUAGCUGAGUGGAAGAGGCAAGUCAUGGUGAGACAGCUGCAGGCAAGGCUGCUGGAUGAAGAGGACCAGAGGAGAAAGGAGAGUGGAAAUAGAUAUGCCAAAGUCAGCUGGAGGUACUCGCAAGCCCACAAUGUCAUCCUGGGGCCUUCUGGUGAGCUGCUGACUGAGGAUGACCUCAUCUAUCUGGAACAGCAGAUUGCCAAUGUCUCCAUGCAGAGGAACUGUGCAGGUUAUGAGCUGGAGCUAGCUCGUCUUGCUGAGGAGCUUAGACACAUUUUGCCAGCCCCCAUAGUCAACAUCACUGUCAACACACAGUAUAGAAACUUCAAAAGUCAAGUUCCCCUGCCUGUGUGGUGUGGGCGAAUCUCGGGCAUCGUGAAGAGCAUGUCUCUACUCAUGACCAACCUCAGCGAUCAGCCUUACUGUAAGAUGCCCAACACCGAGCUUAUAUCCGUGUUUUCUCAGGCACCAGACAGGCAGAUUUCCACCAGAGUACGAAGAGAGAGCAUUGAAGACGAAAUUCAUCAAUUUGGGGUGUCAGUGAGGACUCUGAAGUCCAAUUUUGAGACUCAGAACUCAUCUUUGUCAGACAAGCAGGAAGAAGCAUCAGCACAGCUUGAUGGUGGAAUUUCAGACAAACAGCUUCAAGUUAUAAAACUGGCCACUGAAACAGACCAAAACAGCGACUCUGGCAUUGACUAUGGUGAAAAUGUGGCAGAUGUUCAAGAAACUACCAGCCUUAGAAAAGAGCGUAUAGUUGUUUUGUUUUUAAGUCACUGGAAGAAAUCAGCCUACACGAUGACUCUGAGAAGCAAAGACAGUGAAGAGAGGAAGAUAAGCGACAGAAACCCAGAGAUGGGAGACAAAUCUGGUCGUUCAGGCGCAAUUGACAGUUCCCAGUCAAAGAUGAUAAACAGCUCCCUGGGACAUUUCUUCAAGCAAAGGAGUGCCGUCAACAAGAUGCUGGGAAACUGGACGAAAAUUAUCUCCAGUGUUCCGUCCAGACAGAUUUGCAGGCUCCACAGACAGAAAUCCCUCUUAUCCCCAGAGCAGUUUUUACCUCGUCUAGAUGGGGUGCCUGUGGAGUACGAUAGUUUGACCCUGGACCUCUUCAUGUUGGGCUACUUUCAUAUCCUGGAGUUGGACCUGCCAGUAGAUGAACGCAAAAUGAGGCACCUGCUGUGUUUCGAGGUUUUUGAUCGUGUGGGGAGGUUCCCCUGGGAGGUGGUCAGGGACUUUCAUAAGGCUGUCAUACAGGACAUUGACGCUGGGAACCGUGAGUGGAAGGAUGGCUUUGAGGACAUUAAAGUUAAGUUCUUUGGGAACACCGUGAGCCAGGCUGAACACACUGUAGAAGUGGUAAAACACAGUCUCCCUGAAGUCAGACAGAUCCCCAAAGUCAUAGUACAGACGCCGACCCCUGAUGAGGGGAUGCUCAAUGGUGGAACCGAUAUUUCCAGUUUCAGCAAUGACGAAAUUUGUCAAUAUAUUGACCGUAGUUUUGCUUUUUGGAAAGAAAAAGAGGCCGAGAUUUUUGAUUUUGAGUAG